CACUAUGUUCAUUGUGGCUUACUAAGUACGGCAUGCCAGCUGCAUCCUGUGCCUUGAGCCCAUGCCCUUGGUGCAAACAUCGAUCGGCCUAGAAUAAUUGUCAUGGAGAAUAAUAACCUCAGACCAAAAUAUACGGCACGGAGGGUAAGCCCUGCUGAAAUUGGUGGGAUUUACUAUCAGGAAAUGUGAUUAGGUUUAAAGGAGUUAACAACUCUUGUUAGAAUGGAGUUAGUUCUUGUACAUACUGUUUGACAGUUUGACUAGUUUCUUUUUAAAAGGAAUGAUGGUGCAAUUAAAUGAUUAUGCUCCAUAGUGCAUAGAUAUAUCCAUUUGUCAAGAGCAGAAGAGGAAUGCUUUGUGUCAGUAGCAGUAAUACCAAAAUAAUGUAUUGUAAAUGUUGGCAAGUUCUUUCUAUGAAGCAAUGCUUAGUUGGGAAAUUAGGUGGGGGCAGCAAGAGUAUUUGUAAAGAACUUUGCACAUUUUUCUGGCAGUAGUUAAAGUCUCAGUGAUUCCCCAGAUGUGGAAUGCUAGGCUGCAAAACAAAAAGGCUCAGCGACUGCUGCAGGAGCGGAGAGGAGCUGAGCAGGUGUAUCUGCUGAGAAUUUUGGACUGGUGGGGAGAUGGGAGUGAUAUCAAAGGUCUGGUAGGUUUAGAAAGGAGCUGUGGCUUCCUGCUAUUUGACAGACAACGAUACAAGGGGUUGAAGGCCAAAACUCCUUAUUGAAUUGGGACCCUCAGAGUGUGAUUCACUUCUCAGGAUAACAGUAAGACAGGCCCCUGCCCCGAGGGGUCUCCAAGCAGACACAGAAGUGGUCGCAAGGAAGAGAAAGCAAAGACAACAGGAAAGAAUAUGUUUAAUUACAUUUAAUUACAUGUAUUUAGGAUAUUGGUGGCUACUUACAAAUUUAGUUUUUAAAAAUAGAUCAGUGACAUUUUUUUGCCAGGAAAUGUUUGUUCAGUCUGUGGCAUUAUCCUUGAGUGAUUCCUUUCAAGCUUCUGCUGAUAAAUAUGAACUUCAUCAGCAAAACAGAGUCCGUGUCAUGGUGACGGUUCUUACAUCUCCAACCUGCCUGGUAACAUUUUCGAGUCUUCGAUUUGUCCACCACAUACGGCUUGCUCUUUUAUUCUUUGUCCUAUCCUUCUAAUUAUCUGGCCAGGGCAACUUAUUUUAUAUUGUUAAUUUGUUUUAUAUUUUUAAUGUAUUAUAUUUUAAUUUAUGUUGUGAGCCACCCCGAGGCUUCGGCGAAUGGGGCAGCAUAGAAAUGUUUUAAAUAAAUAAAAUAAUAAAUAACUUGCUCACUGAUGGGAAAAUCUGGCAAACAGUAACAGGGAGUGAAGAUGAUAAUUGUUAACAGAAAAGUUGUUGAAGAAUUUCGGUAUCAUCUUCAGCACUUUCCUUCCAUCCACAAUGGAGGUGUUAAAUGCCCCUGGGGUCCCCCUGCCCCUCCCCCCACAAUAGCAGUACGAAUUUUUGGAUUCCAGUGGUUAAAUCUGUGAGAGAAAUUAAAUCAUUAGACAGAUUGUUGUAAAUGACCUGUAGCUCCCAUAUUUUGGAUUUGUUUUUUGUUUUUUUUAGAAGGAUGUGCCUGACUUGGUUGAUCUAUGUAUUAAUGAUUUUUUAAAAGCACAGUAUUAGUCUACAGUCCUUAACUCUAUUCAACUUAACAGUAUCCUCCUGAGGUCAUUGUCACAUGGUUGAUGGGGGUAUUGGAAUAAGUGACAGCCAUUAUUUUUAAUACCCUGUAUGGGAGGGAAAAAUAAUAGGUUGAAAGUUUGUUAAAUGGCUAAUCAUGUAGGGAGUGAGGGUUUCACAUUUGCCAUCUCUAGUUGCAAGAAGAUGCUCGUUCAUAUUAAGUAAAUGCCGGGUUUAAAGCUUGCCUUUGUCUUGUGUCUCAAGUAUAGUCAGGCAAAACGUAAUGCGCAACAGAGGGCACCAAACAAGGUGAAUGGGGCCAUUUAAUAAAGCUGCUCGUCAUGGCAGACCACAGAUGCACGCAGGGAAAACUAAGUAGACGCUGAAGAGCUGCUGCUAGUAAGCCCUCAUCCACUGGACCAUUAAUGAUGUUAAGAAUCGGAAAACAAGGUUCUGCCUGGUAUAUAUCGCAUCCUGAGGCACGGCAACCAGUUUUCAUCAUGGGGGACAUGAAAACUCCAGACUUCGAUGACUUGCUGGCUGCAUUUGACAUUCCUGAUCCAACCAGUCUUGAUGCCAAGGAAGCCAUUCAGACAGCUGGUGAGGAGAACGAAAACCACCUCAAGCCGCCGGGGAUUUGUCCCGAUGAGAACGCGUCCUUGGCCCAUGCGGUGCCAGCUUCUGAUGUUCCGGUCGUGAGCGUCAUUGUGAAGAACACAUGUCGUCAAGAGUCGUUUGAGGCGGAGAAGGAAGGCAACCACGUGGGGCCCGGCCUGUUGCACAAUGGAUUCCGCGGCUCUGACCUGCCUGUAGAGACUCACAACUAUGGAAAGUUUGACUCUGCUUUCAUCAACGGUGAUGGAUUAAGGAAUUAUCCUGAAAAGUUGGAACAAUCGAAGUCAGAGCCUUUACCGACUUUCAGUCAGUUCAGCCCCAUCUCCAGCCCAGAACCAGAGGAUGCGCUUAAAGAGAACAGUGUUGUAGAUAAAUCUAAGCAGGCUCAGACUUCCUAUUUCCCACCGCAUCCAAUGUAUAUUCCAUCCGGGUCGUCUGUGCUAGAUCUGCUUAGCAGAACCCUGCCGGAACCAGAGUUCAGUCGGUUUAUGUCAACAGGGCCGUCACUGCUGGAUCUCCUUAGUAAGAAGCUGCCAGAACCAGAGUUGAGUAUGUUCGAUCAGUACUGUAAAAAAGACCCAAAGAUAGAUGCGCACGGACUGCAAGAGAGCAGGGUGGACACGAGCAGGAGGGAGCGGGACAAGAGCCCGGAAGCGCGUCAAGCAUCCAGCAAGGAUGUUGCGGACACAAACAGUUUUCUUGGGGAAGGGGUGCCCCUGGGCAACUUCCACAGCAAUAACUUGGCAGAGGGCAAGGGAGCCGUGCCCGAAAUGAGCUUUUCGCCCUUGUCCAUUCCUCCUCGCCAGCGUAUCAAGCCUGCUCACUCCAAGCUCUCGUCUUGCGUCGCUGCGCUCGUGGCCCUUCAGGCCAAAAAAGUUGCAGGUAUCUCAAAGGAGGAGCAGGCAAGCGUGAUGAAAGAGCCUCCCGGCCCCUUUAAGGAUGGCGUUAAGGGAAGCCCCAAGAUGCCGAAGUCGCCAAAGAGUCCAAGAAGCCCCCUCGAGAUCGUGAGGAAAGCCACCAAGCAGCCUGAGUCUCCACGCAGCGUCUGCAGCGACAGCAGCAGCAAAGGCUCUCCCUCGGUGGCGACCGGCUCUCCCCCAGCUAUUCCCAAAGUCAGGAUCAAGACAAUUAAAACCUCUUCUGGUGAGAUCAAAAGAACAGUCACGCGGAUCCUGCCAGAAGCAGAUGACUUUGGCAGAUCGCCGCAAGAAUCACCUGCCGAGAACUCGGUAACCGAAGAGUUCGUCAAAUCCUUCCCUUCGCCGGAACCCAGCACCGCGGUGGAGACCGACUCGUGCAAGGGCCUCACCCCCGCCCCGGAGGCAAGCCUAGCAAGCCCCCAGGUUGACAGUAUCGUUGCGGACUUUCCCGUCAGCGGCAUCUCCAGUGCCUCCCUGCUGACCGGCAGCAGUGCUGGGGCAGCCAAAGCAGGGCAGCAGCCCAGCAAGAAGUCGCAGGCCGGGGCGGUGGCCCAGUCCUGCAACCCCGCCAGCCUCCUCCCGAAAGCCGUGCACCUGGCAAACCUCAACCUGGUUCCCCACAGCGUGGCUGCCUCCGUGGCUGCGAAGUCCUCUGUGCAGCGGCGCAGCCAGUCCCAGCUCACGCAGAUGUCGGUGCCGCUCGUGCACCAGGUGAAGAAGGCGGCUCCGCUCGUGGUGGAGGCAUUCAACAAGGUGCUGCAUGGUGCCAAUCCUGUGCCGGCCUAUAGCCCCAACCUCCACCCGCCCCUCGACAGCAGUAUUCGCGUGCCGACCUCCGGGUACUGUUGCCUGGAGUGCGGCGACUCGUUUGCCUUAGAGAAAAGCCUCGCGCAGCAUUACAGCAGGAGGAGCGUCCACAUCGAGGUCCUGUGCACGCAGUGCUCGGCCACACUGCUCUUCCUCAACAAGUGCAGCCUGCUCAAGCACGCCAGGGAUCACAAGAGCAAAGGCUUCAUCAUGCAGUGUUCGCAGCUGCUCAUGAAGCCCAUUUCCGUAGACCAGAUGUUUUCGCCUUCCCCAACGAGCUCAUCGGCCCCUCAGGCAGCACGGCUGCCCCCUCUUCCUCAUAAGCCUUGUACUCCGUCAGGACCUGGAAGCUCCGCAAACACCCAGCCCGCUCUGCCCCUGUACACGGACCCACUGCGGCUCAUUCGCCAUGGACUGAAGUGUUUUGAAUGUAAUAAGCAGGCACUGGACUACAUCGCCCUCGCAGCCCAUUAUCAGAGAACUUCAGAGGAUAAUGAGGGUCUGACGUGCCAGGUGUGCCAGAUGCUGCUGCCUAACAGAUGCAGUUACUGCGCUCAUCAGCGGAUCCACGCGCACAAAUCCCCGUAUUGCUGCCCAGAGUGCGGCGCUAUUUGCCGGUCAGCCUAUUUCCAAACCCACGUCAAAGAGAAUUGCCUGCAUUACUCACGCAAAGUUGGCUACAGGUGCACUCACUGUGGGGUUGUCUUCAUGUCACAAGCUAUGCUGAAAGUGCACAUCCAUGAGAAACACUGUGAAGUCUUCCACAAGUGUUCAUUCUGUCCUAUGGCCUUCAAGUCUGCAGACAGCACCACGGCUCACAUCACUAGCCAGCACCCUUCGGAGCCUCACAAGACAUCUCAGGUGAUCUACAAAUGCUCUUGUGAGACGGUUUUUAACAAGAAGAGGCUUCUGCAGGAGCACUUCCAGCAAAAUGCCAACAGGCUGAUGGUGGGAGUGUUCAAGUGUCCGCAUUGUCAGCUGGUGUAUAUGCAGAAACUGCAGUUAAUGCAGCACGUCAAGAGCGUCCAUGGGGUCCCUGAAAAUCCCGAGGAUCUCACUAGCACCCGACAAAAGGCGGAGGCAGCGACUAGCAGCAGUGUUCCCCCCACAUCGAAGGAGUUGUCAGUAAUUAAUGGUACUUCCCAGAGCUCUUUGUCCACAAAAGACAUGAGCCCAGAGUCGAAGCCCAGGCCCAAACCCUGCACCUGGACUUGUCGGGAGUGUUCCCAGUGGAUCCCUGACCGAGAAACGUAUGUGUCCCACAUGAAGAAAAGCCAUGGAAAGAAUGUAAAAAGGUUCCCCUGCCGGCAGUGCGAGCGGUCUUUCAAUGCCUCCAAUAGCCUGCGCAAACAUACUCGCAACAAUCACGACACAGCAAAGAAAGUUUACACCUGCUGGUACUGCACAGAUGACGUCCAGACCUUUCCUCAGCCUUCCAUGCUGGAGAGUCACAUCAGCCUCAUGCACGGCAUCAAAAACCCCGACCUAUCCCAAAUACCCAAAGCCAAAGCACCAGCAGAGGACUCGGCAAAAGUAAUGCGCGGCGCUGCAAAAUCUCCAAAGAGGGUCUCUGCAGGGGGCUUGGACCAGAGGGAAGCCACCACGUCGGGCUGUGAAGAUCCACCAGCAAAAAGACUGAAGGCAGUGCGCUGGAAGUGUGCGAAGUGUGGGUUUGAGACUGCCACCGAGACUGAAUUCCUGGAACACAUACCUCGGCACAAAACAGACAGUUCCACUUACCAGUGCCUGCUCUGUGGCUUGUGUUACACGUCUCACAUCUCUCUGACUAGGCACCUCUUCAUUGUUCAUAAAGUAAAAGACCCAGAGGAGGAAGAGGAGGAGGAGGAAGAGGAGGAACAGGAAGAGACAGAACAGGAGGGUAGAAAAGAGGGUCUAGAAAUGGAGGCAAGCGAGAAUGGACUUGUAGAGCCUGAUAGCGAGACGAACAUUGUGGCAAAGGAAGGAGACAUUUCAAAGAGCAAAGACUCUGAGGCCGACCCCGUGUCCUGCAGCACGGAGAAGGCCAACGCGCAGAACAAACACGCGAAGUCUCCCGAUGCUUAAGAGGGCAUCUUCCUCCCCGAGGUGUCACUCAGCGUGGGGCGGGCAGGGGGCGUGUUCCCAGACAUGCUGUCGGCGUCACGGAACGGGCGCCGCAUUCCUUUCGCUUUGCCUGGCAAGGGGAAGCCAAGCAAACGGCCACCGUACCUGCAGCACUGAGUCUGUAGCAGGUGCGAGGGGGGGAAGCGAAUGUCGGACGAGCGUGUCCAGCCGCACCAUGCCUGAGCCUUCAGGGUAAGGAGCACUUUCUUGCACCCCCUUCCCCUCCCCCCCAUCCUUCCAGAACAGGAGUGCUCGCGUGCCACUGGAGACCCCCCGCAGCCAGCCCCCUCCCCUCCCCUCCCCAUUACAAAAUGAGUAUUGCUUCUGUGUUACGUUCACUGUUCCUUGUCCAAGGCCACCAAGUAUUCCACUUGGACUGCACACGCCUGGGUGAUCGCUUCUCCCUCUUCAGACACGAAUCCCCCCGGGCUCCCCCACCCUCAUGCCACGCAACCCUCCCCUCUUCAGACACUCCGUGGAGUCAUUCACAUGAUUUUCCAAGCUAGCGCUCUCUAGAGGAGACCCUUCCCAUACCAGAAAAAGUCUGGGGGAGGGGGUUGCGUUUGAAACUGCGGCAUACACAUCAGUUCCACGCUCCCGUAGCACGUGCACAUAAUUCUGGUGCCAGCCCUCCACACAGCUCCCCUCAGCAAGCCCACUCCUGCCAGAAAGCGCUGGGCCUUGGUGCGGGCCAAGCGCUCGCUCACCUGCGUGUGUAACUGGCACGCACCUGCCCUGGGAGGGUGCCCUCCCUUCUCCACUGCAGACAGGCCGUCUUAAACAUGGGCACGGGUGCCUGUCCUAAGGAAGAAGAGUCAGGUGGGGCGCGGACUCCUGCGUCCCACCGCGGGCCCAGGCAGGCCUUGUGCCCCAGCCAGCGGCUCAGGUCCUCCCGCUCGCGUGCUCAGCACAUCGUUCUGCCUGUGUCGGGUCUCUCUCUCGCUCCCUCAGCUGCAGCAGAGCCGCCUGGAAGGCCCCUCGUCAAGAAAUGCACCAGAGCAGCCGCAGCAGCAUCCCGCUCUGGACGCAGCCCCCUCGGCCGGCUCCUCCUCGUCCUGCGCCAGCACAGAGCAUUCCGGCAUGUAAGAGUGGUCAGUGCAGGAGCGGUUCACUCCGAGGAAGUCGCCACGCUGCCCCUUCGAGGGCUCCUGCUGCCCAGAUAGCACAUGUCCCCCCCGCCCCUGCCCCCCUGUGACUCAGUUGGCUCAACGGACUCUGGGGACUUCCUUCCACCCCCCCAUUGACUCGGUCCCCCCCCACACACACAUGUGCACACACACCAUCUGUGCUGUUUCUUUCUUGUGUGCUUUUUUCUCAUGCUUCAAGUAAUAUUUACUUUUUAUACGGUUUUUAUGUUUUGAGUCAGAACCCUGCUCAUUGUUUACUAUAAAUAAUUUAAAAAGAAAAAAACUAUUUAUCUUAUUGCAUUUGAAUUGCUCACUUUCUCGUCUGAACGUGUUUUGAUAAAACCCUUUGUAUUUUUUGAUACUGUGUACAUUUUAGUCUAGGGAAUGUUUUACAAGGUAGCCUAGCUAUAGUAACAAUAGCAGAGGGUGGGGUGGAGGGUGUCCCUCCCAAGCCAUCACAUAUCUAUUUAAUCUGCAGCGGCAUUUGUGCCUUGCUAUAAUGUUUACUUCAAAGUAUUUCAAAUAAAACCAUCUAACAGUG